GUGAUUUCGCUCCGUGUGUUUAAUGCCGUCAGCACUGGUGACUACUGCGUGACUAGAAGAAAUAUAGUUUAUAAUAGCAUAAUAGGUACCCAUGGGGGGUAAGAACAAACAACGGACAAAAGGAAAUGUUCGGCCGUCCAGCAGUGGCCGAGCUGCUGAGGUGCUGGCCAGGGAGGGUGGUGUCAUUCCCGGGUUCGUGGGCUUCGGCUCGACCCUCUCCUCGGAGCUGAGUUAUGUUCCAGCGGUCCACGGCGCGGAGGACAUAGACAACCUGGUAGAUGCCGAUUUCCGCCUGGUGCUCAGGAAACUGUCUAAGAGGGAUGUUGUUACCAGACUGAAAGCUGUUCAGGACUUUGGGUCCAUGUGUCAGGAACGGGAUGCUGAAGACGUCAAAGGGGUGUUACCAUACUGGCCAAGGAUUUACUGCAAGAUAUCUGUGGACCACGAUCGCCGCAUCAGGGAGGCGACCCAGCAGGCCUUUGAGCAGCUGGUGCUAAAAGUGCGCCGCAGCUUGGCCCCCUUUCUGAAGAGCUUGAUGGGCCACUGGAUUCUGUCUCAGUGUGACACCUACACACCUGCAGCCUCUGCUGCGUGCCAGGCCUUCCAGGCUGCCUUCUCACCUGCCAAACAGCCCGAGGCUCUCAGCUUCUGCAAGGAUGAGAUUCUUAAUGUAUUCCAAGAUAUUUUAUUAAAAGAAACAGCGGAAACACUGAGCGACCCGCAGAGCGUGACAGCGGAGGAGAGAGAAGCCAAAUAUGUGCGAAUGCUGACCAGUUCUCUGUUGGGCGUGAAGAGACUGCUCUCCCUGCUGACCCAGAAUGAUCGGGAGGCCCUGGAGGAAAGACUUGCACAUCUCGUUAACUCUGGGAAGUUCUGGAAGUACAGCAAGCACAAGACACCACAGGUGAGAGGGGCAUUUUUUGAGAUGGUGUGCGCUCUGUGUGAGUUCACUCCAGGACUGGUCCAAGCCGAAACGGCGCGACUCUGUCCAGCUGUUCUCCUCAGUAUUGAUGACACGGAUCCCGUUGUGCUGCCUCCUGUGUGGGAAGCUGUUCUACACGUCGUAUCUACGAUCCCUGAUUGUUGGACACACGUAAAUGCUAAGAAAGGCUUCUUACCUAAACUUUGGGCUCUGUUAAAAGAGGGUGGUAAAGGCUUGGCCAAAGCGCUCCACCCCAACCUAAUGCCCCUCCUCAGCAAACUGCCCCAACAGGUCACUGAGCCGAACCUGGACUUCUACACCACUUUCUUCAACACAUUCAUACAAGGUCUCUCCAGUGAGCGUGCAGUGACAAGCCCGUCAGAGAGUGCCGUUAUAGUGAAAUCUUUCGUCGAGUGCUUGAGGUACUGCAUGCUGCACAGUACAGAAGAAGAGCACGACCAAGGAAAGAUAAGGACCAUGCUUAUUUCACAACAGCUCCUUCCGCUAUUAGAAAAGUCCCUUAGAAAUCCAUCCCUUCAAAAUGGUCCACUCUUCCUUUUGGUCACUGAAACGCUCAUUUCCUGGGAGAGGAGGGCAGGCUUACACAAUGAUUGUGAGGCAAAUGAUGGCAAGGAUGUCUUCCAAAGACUUCUAGCAGACUUCUGGGAAGACCUUGGUCUUCUUUGUGUUCGUCAUGUCGACAACGAGGAUGCAGAUCCGCAGGCUUUGGAAGGAGUAGCCACUUUACUGCAGGUGAUGCGUUAUCCUGAGAGAGUAAACAAAAAGCUCGUCCAGAAGAAGAAAUCUGUCAGAAUGUGUUCCUCUAAGCCAGAAGACGAUGAGAAACCUGGAGUUGAGGGAGACGGUGCUGUGCAGGCUGUGUCAGAGCUCGUGAACGAGAAGGCGUUCGGGUCCCUGCAGACGCAGCAUUUUGAAGAUGUCGUGUGUCAGCUGGCGCAGCUGUGCCUGGUGCAUGUGAAUGAGAAGAAGUCAGAGAGACAUCUGGUUUUCCUCUCCCUCCUCCUGCGGUCUUUCCACACAACCAGAGUCUUCACUACGUUGGUUGAAGUGGAUGAGAAAAUAAAGGACAAUCAGGAGAGAGAUGAGGCGAUCAUGAAGAAUCCAGCAAUGCAGUUCCUGUUGGAGUGGGUGGUGAUGUGGCUGGCUGAGAAGGAGCGCAGAGACACCGAACACCUGGUCGAAAUGGUCUUCAGCUCACUCUACUGCUGCAGCCGACAGGAGACCACCCGCAUUCUCAACCACAUCACCACGAUGGGUUUGCAGUGGGGAAUCAUCCUCCAAAUUAUACAGAGGGCGUGUACAGACUCCGAGACUCUCAAGAGCUGUCGUGAUUGGCUCAAAGGUUCAGUCCUGGGUGAGCGACUCCUGGCCUUGACUGAGGAACUGUGCGUGGUGGGGAGCGGUUCUCACGGUCCCACCUCUUCUACAAGCAGCCACAGCUGGAAGCUUAUCAGCCUGGUCCUGUCUCAGAACCACAACAAUGAGUCUCUGAUAGGGGAGGUGUACAUGGAGAAGAUCUUAGAGAAGCUCCACGCAACUCUCUCAGAGGCAAAGGGUUUGUCAGAUGCAGGCAACAUGGAGCCACUCAUCUCCUUCAUCUGCGAUGUGGCCUCCACUUUCUUCUCCUCUGUGCAAGACUGUCUCCUGCUGCUCUCCGCCGAGGAGCUCCUGCUCACCGUCUUCCAGCUCACUGCCCAGGAUCAAGCGCACACUCACCUGUCUGACUCCCUUUUAGAUAAGCUGAAGAAGGUGUGUGUCGCUGGAGUCCAGUCGUUGGUCCAGUGCAGUAAAGAUGAGAUCCUGGAAGGUGGUUUCCUGCACAGCGCUGCUGUUUGGGUGGCGAAGCAGCUACUCACUGUCUCCCUGGAUAUUAAAGGUUUACAGGUUCUCGUUGUGGCUGUACAAAACCUCGUGGAGACCAUCAUCUCGGUCUGUGAUCCAACCUUCCCCAUCCUCAGCCAGUUCUUUUCCCUCUUGACGCCAAGUCAGACAGAAUGGACAAAAAUGAGGCAGGCCUUACCACCUCAGUGGAUUAAAAACCCCUUACUGUCCAGUCGUCACAGAGGAGUUAUUGAAAAAUCCUCCAUAGACAUUUGGAAGUUUAAGAUGUCAAACAAGCUACCAGCUCACCUGUGUGCCUGUGCCCUCUUGGGGAGGGUGGCCCAGAUCGCAGCAUUCAGACCAUGUGACCAAAAGGAGGCAGAGUGCCCUUCAGCCCUGUCAAACCUUAAAUAUACAGUUUCAGAACUGCUGUAUGCGCUGCAGUGGUGUAAGGAGCUGAAUUACAGCCCUGCAGUAGUGUCUGCUUAUCACAACCUGCUGACUGACUGGGGGCUGUCAGAAGGACUCCACAGUCAGGCUCCCAUGAAAGUCCUGCUGGAAACACUCUACUCAAGGUCGGUGACAGAUGGAGGCCUGUGGUCUCUGAUUCUGGAAAACUACAUCAGCACCAACAACCUGGCAGCCAGUAAAAGUGCAGCUGUGAGGAAGCUUUACGGAAGCGCAGACAGUUUGUUCCCAGUGUCUCCGAGCAAACUGAGCACGCUCCAGGUGCUCUGCCCGACCAUGAAAAGAGAAGACAGAGAGGCGCUCGUCGCGCUGGCCACUGCUGGAUUAGUCAACUGGCAGGAGAACAACGAUGUGUAUGGGUGUCUGGCAGUGCUGAUGUGUUGUCUAAAAGCCAACACUGAAGUGGAGGAAGAGGUUGUGCAGGCGAUCCUGGCCACUGUGAUGGAGUGGAGGAACAGCAAGGAGGACUGGUUCCUCUUCAGCAGUGACUUAUCUACAGCAACUACAGAACAGUUGAACCUGACUGUGGAAAUGAUGCGUUUCCUCUCGUGGCUGGUGGCUUAUUCUCCAACACUUCUUGGAGCGACGCAGUGGGACUUCCUGCUCUGCUCUAUGUUAGCCUGGUUGGAGACCACCAGUGAGAAUGUGAGGAGUCUCUGGAACCCGUGGGUGCAGUUGUUUGUGUGUGAGAAUGCUACGUUGAUAGUGAAGCUGAAUCAGUUCUUCGCGUCACCUUCCUCUGAUGUGCUCGAGAAGCUGCCAUCGGAACUGACUAACGAAUGGGCGGAUUUCUUCGUAGAGGGCAUCUUCAACCUGCUGCUGCCCCUGCCCAUCAGUAUCACAGAAGCCUUCACUGAACCAGACGACCCGGUGUUCCCUCUGGCGGUGCUGCAGUCAGUCGGCGUGGCUCUGACAUAUGUGCCUGUGCUGCAGCUGAACAACAACUCCCUGCCACCACGGUUCAUUGCCGACCAGAAGACGAACCUGCCCGAGCCCCUUCAGACACUCCUCAACACUUUCUGCCCUCUGCUGCUCUUCAAGGCCAGGCCUCUGCAGAUCACUGUCUACCACUUGUUGGAAAAGGUCAUGCCCGACUUACCCAAGUGCGAUGGAGAAGGAGACAACAAUAAGUCUGAUGACGACAGAGAUGAACCGUGUCUUUCUCCUCCGGCGUCUCUGAUGGCCCUCAUAUCGACCUGCGAAGAGCUGUGCGACAACAUCCUGGCCACGGUUCAAGUGGGAGAGUUUGCAGUGGUCCAGCCCCUCAGUGUGGAGUACUCCUGCAUCAUGGGAUACCUGCUGGCCUGGAAACUGCUCCUCACUUUUUUUAAAUCCUCACCCUCCCACCUGCGUGCCCAUUACGCCCAGUACCUUAAGAAAAGUUGCUCGCUCAACAAACUCCUUCUCCACCUCUUCAAACUGAUGCCUGAGAACCCAAUCUACCCAAGCCAGGGGACAGAGACGAGGGAAAACAAAACCUUCUUUACUGAAAGCCUACGCCUGGCUGUUGACAGGAGUGACGGCUUCGAGUGGGAGCUCCCCCACCUGGCCUGCAGCGUGUACUACAGCACAGUCCAGGACCUGCCGGCCAUGGUGCGCCUGUGGUGGAACAGCCAGGAGAAGAGAGUGAGCGCGGCCGUGGAGAAGUUCACCAUCAAAUACGUCAGCCCCGUUCUCUCGGCCCAGGAGAUCUCGUCUGUGCACACCAGCACUCAGAUGUUUGACAGCAUGACUGUCAAGGCCCGCUCAGCAGCGCGGGAGGUGAUUGCUACGUAUUCUGUGGAUGAUAUCUUCAUUGAGUUGGUGAUUCAGCUGCCGCAGAACUACCCUCUGGGCUCGAUCGCUGUAGAGAGUGGGAGGCGUGUGGGCGUCGCCGUGCAGCAGUGGAGGAACUGGAUGCUGCAGCUGAGCACCUACCUCACACAUCAGAACGGAAGCAUAAUGGAGGGCCUGGCUCUGUGGAAGAACAACGUGGACAAGCGUUUUGAGGGAAUAGAGGACUGUAUGAUCUGCUUCUCCGUUAUCCACGGCUCCAACUACUCCCUGCCCAAGAAGGCUUGCCGAACCUGCAAAAAGAAAUUCCACUCGGCUUGUUUGUAUAAAUGGUUCACCUCCAGCAACAAGUCCACCUGUCCGCUCUGCAGAGAGACUUUCUUCUAACUCAGUCUCUUCACCUUGGCUGACAGAAUUCUUCCACCGUGGUAUAUGCAAAGGUCGGCUCAGAUGAUCGUGUCGAAGUCUGAACAAAAAUGCAGCAAAGAUUUCCGAUCAUUACAACGUGGAAGUCGAGAGCAGGAGUGUGGGUUGAUCAUCUGCCAAUGGUUUGUUUAUACCAGUGCGUUACUGUACUGUACAUACCCAACAACAGUUGUGCAUUUCUUUUUUUUGAUGUUUUACUCUUUUUUUUUUCGUACCUUAAGAGGCUGAGUCACGUUGGGAAACCAGCAACCUGUUGAAAAAUAAAAUAACAUAAAAAACUAUAGAUGGUGUUGCAAGUAUUGCAAUGCCCAGGAUAUGACUUCACCCAAUAUUUCCUAAUAUUUAGGAGUGUAAAGAGAUAAUGUCUGAUUAUCGACAUGGACUUCAUCAGUAUAAAGCAGGAAAGAGGACUUUGUUAAUGAGAUUUUUAAUGUCAAAAGGCCAGUGCGUAGAAAGAAUCAAAACAGAACUGUACGUGUCCUCCUCUGUGCCUGCAUAUAAAUUAUGUUGGAAGGUAAAUAAAAUACUUUGUGGACAUUAUUAUGGAUGAAAUAAAUGCAUCUUCAAUUCCA